GGGAAAUUGAAUGCAGCGGAAGUACCCAGAUAUGACGCAAGCGAAGGAUGCGGCAGCAGUGAAGAUGGCAGCGCUGGCGUCCUUGAUGCUCAAGUCUCGAGCAGGUCUUUUGGCACCUGGUCAGACGUGUCUUCUGGACUCUGUGAGGUUUGCCUCUAAGAAAUCUGGUAGCAGCUGUAAAAACCUCGGAGGAAAGAGCCCUGGUCGCAGAUAUGGCUUCAAAAAACAGGAUGGUAAUUUUGUCCACGCGGGUAACAUCCUUGCAACACAGAGGCUGAUGAGGUAUCACCCAGGAGCACAUGUGGGUAUGGGAACCAACAAAACACUAUUUGCUCUGGAGGACGGCCACGUCAGGUUCACCAAGGAGGUCUAUAUUCCGCCACCACGCGACCCCGAGGUCACCAAGAUCAUCACCAAGCUGCCAAAAGGAGCCGUGCUUUACAAGACCUUUAUCAACGUCGUACCCGUCAAACAGGAGGGCAAGUUUAAACUGGUGGACAUGGUCUGAAACGGACAUGACUAGACUGGGACGUCAUUGUUUCACAGGUAUUUUUGCGGUGGCCGGGAUCAAGAAGGAUUUGUGCUGACAGAUAUUUGGAGAUUUAAGUGAACAGCAGAUAGUCACCCAGUGAGCAGAGAGGAGUCGGUGGAAAUAUUUUGGUAUCUCCUUGCUUCCUGUCUUCUAGUUCCGCCAUCACACAACAGCCGUUGAGUUCUGUAUUUAUGAAUAUCAUCCUAAGUCCCUGAUAUUGGUGUUCAUGUUUAUCCAGGGCUUAAGGACACCUUAAGGAACUGAGAUGUCUUUGCUGUAAAACUGAAUACAUACUGUAUUUCCUCGAAUAAAGUUUAAUAUUUGAAA